CAAUCUUUUCCCAAUCCUGUCUUGUAAUUGCUGACGCGACGACGAUCCUCACAAUCCGUUCUACCAUCUCUUGCCCGCCACACCACCCAUCGCAUCAGCUCAAUUCCUUCACACAAUGUCCUCCAUUGCUCGAGUGUUGCGGCCCGCUGUUCGGAGGGGUCAUGGUGCUGCUACGCGGGUCUCAUUGGCAUCGCCACGAUGUAUACACCCUUCAACGACACUGAAUUCUCAGCAGUUAAGACCGUUGUCCGCCACCCCCAGCCGCCGUACUGAUAUCUCUGGCAUUCCUCCUACUCCCAUAACGCAUUUGUCAGAAACCGAGGUGGCGAUGCAGGAUGCCGUGUCCAAGUUUGCCAACGAAGUUAUCUUACCGAAAGUGCGCGAAAUGGACGAGGCUGAGCAGAUGGACCCGGCGCUUGUUGAACAGCUCUUUGAGCAAGGUUUCAUGGGCGUCGAGAUUCCCGAGGAGUACGGCGGCGCCGGCAUGAACUUCACUUCAGCUAUCAUCGGGAUUGAGGAGUUGGCUCGUGUUGAUCCGAGUGUGAGCGUCAUGGUCGACGUGCAUAACACAUUGGUCAACACGGCUCUCCUGAAAUGGGGCACUAACAACAUCAAGAAGAAAUUCUUGCCUCGUCUGGCCACCAACACAGUUGGUAGCUUUUGCCUGAGCGAGCCAGUGUCGGGGUCCGAUGCUUUCAAACUUGCCACCAAGGCCACCGAAACAAGCGACGGCUUCAAGAUCUCGGGCGGCAAGAUGUGGAUUACCAACGCAAUGGAAGCCGAGUUCUUUAUCGUAUUCGCGAACCUCGACCCGUCCAAGGGCCACCGUGGAAUCACAGCCUUCCUUGUUGAGAAGGGCAUGAAGGGCUUCGAGAUUGCCAAAAAGGAGAAGAAGUUGGGCAUUAAAGCCAGCAGCACUUGCGUCCUUACCUUUGACGACGUCGAAGUUCCCAAGGAAAACCUCCUAGGUGUGAGGGGUGAAGGCUACAAGUAUGCCAUCGGUAUUCUGAACGAAGGACGUAUCGGUAUCGCUGCUCAAAUGACAGGUCUUGCUCUCGGCGCCUGGGAAAAUGCAGUUAAGUACGUCUGGAACGACAGAAAGCAAUUCGGUCAAUUCGUCGGCGAAUUCCAGGGAAUGCAACACCAAAUUGCCCAGUCUUAUACUGAAAUAGCAGCCGCCCGUGCCCUCGUCUACAAUGCCGCGAGGAAGAAGGAAGCGGGCGAAGAUUUCGUCCAAGACGCUGCCAUGGCCAAGCUAUUCGCCUCCCAAGUCGCCGGCCGCGUCAGCGGUCUAGCCGUGGAGUGGAUGGGCGGCAUGGGCUUCGUCCGUGAGGGUCUUGCCGAGAAGUUCUGGCGAGACAGCAAAAUUGGUGCCAUUUAUGAGGGAACAAGCAAUAUCCAACUUAAUACGAUUGCGAAGCUUUUACAGAAAGAAUACACUCAGAAAUAGAGGACAUGCAACGGUUAGCAUCCUAUAUAGGUCAUAAAAAGGGGAAUGCUUUGCUUUUUGUCCAUUUACCUUAUCAGUUUUAAGAGCCAUGUAUGAACGCAUCAACAAUGCUAGAUCAUUUGUUUGAAGCCAAG